AUGGACGGUCCCGAUCGAAUCGGUCCUGAUCAGAGUCCCAGGCGGACUAUCCGCGAUAAAGCUCGACGGAUCGUGAAGACAUGGACUACCAAAGAAGGAUUGGUUGGAGACUACAACUACGCCUACCUCUUCACACCGAGAAUUCCCUUUACCAAGAACAUCAGAAGGACGUCCCCUUUCUUUGGGCUGCACGACAGGUUACCCGUGCUACUUGCCUUCAUUCUGGGUCUUCAACAUGCUCUCGCAAUGUUGGCUGGAGUCAUAUCUCCUCCUAUCAUCUUGGGUGGUUCUAGCGGUGCCAACUUCGGAGAUGCCGAGUACCAGUACCUCGUUUCCACCUCCUUGAUCGCCUCCGGUCUGCUAUCAGCUAUUCAGAUGGCCCGCUUACGCAUCUGGAAGACUCGAUACUUCAUUGGUACUGGCUUGAUAUCGGUCGUCGGCACCUCCUUCUCCACCAUCACCGUCGCAUCGGGAACUUUCUCUCAGAUGUAUGCAUCUGGAUACUGUCCCACAGAUGCCGAUGGCAACAAGCUACCAUGCCCCAGAGGUUACGGGGCUAUUCUGGGCACAGCUUGCUUGUGCUCUCUACUUACGAUCGGCCUGUCCUUCAUGAGCCCAAGGAUCUUAAAACGCAUCUUCCCGCCUAUGGUGACUGGUCCUACCGUUCUGUUGAUCGGAGCAAGCCUCAUCGAAAGUGGUAUGAAGGACUGGGCUGGUGGCUCUGGCUGUGGAUCGGACCCAUCCGCUCGGGCUUUGUGUCCAAGUACUGGUGCGCCCCAUGCCCUCCCCUGGGGAAGUGCCGAGUUCAUCGGCCUCGGAUUCCUGGUUUUUGUGACGAUUAUCCUUUGCGAGCGGUUUGGCUCUCCUAUUAUGAAAUCCUGCGCCGUCGUGGUCGGUCUUCUGGUCGGGUGUAUCGUGGCAGCUGCCUGCGGCUACUUCGAUAGAUCGGGAAUCGACUCUGCGCCCGUUGUCUCAUUCAUCUGGGUGAAAACCUUCCCAUUGACUAUAUACGCGCCUCUCAUCCUUCCGUUCCUCGCACUCUACAUCGUUAUCAUGAUGGAAUCGAUCGGUGAUAUCACUGCGACAUGCGACGUCUCCCAGCUCGAAGUCGAAGGUGCCGAGUUUGAUUCGCGCGUCCAGGGUGGUGUUCUGGGCAAUGGAUUGACCUGCCUGCUGGCUGGACUCUUCACCAUCACGCCCAUGUCGGUCUUUGCUCAGAACAACGGUGUCAUUGCUCUGACAAAAUGCGCCAACCGCAAGGCCGGCUACUGCUGCUGCUUCUUCCUCGUCGUCAUGGGCGUCUUUGCCAAGUUCGCUGCCGCCAUCGUGGCAAUCCCCAAGCCUGUUCUGGGCGGCAUGACCACUUUUUUGUUCUCGUCCGUCGCCAUCUCCGGUAUUCGUAUCAUCUCCACCAUCCCAUUCACCCGCCGCAACCGGUUUAUCUUGACGGCCUCUUUCGCGGUCGGUAUGGCCGCUACGCUGGUGCCCGACUGGUUCUCGUACUUCUUCACCUAUAGUGGUGAUAACCAUGCCCUGGAAGGUCUGCUGAACGCCGUGGAGCUCGUUAUGGAAAAUGGAUUUGCAAUCACCGCUGUUAUCGGGUUGAUCCUCAACCUCGUCCUUCCCGAAGAUCCGGAAGACGAGGCGGCCAUCGUCGAGGCUACGGCAAGCGAUGCGCCAUCGGAGGAGCUGAAGGAUUCAGACCCUUCGUCAUUUAAAGCAGGGCAACCAUCUGGGUCUAUGGCUGUGUGA